UGACGGUGAGCUGGGCCCAGCGCGGCCUUCAACCCACCUCGGCCGCGACCUAGUGGGGCUUUCCCCGGCCCCGCGGCCAUGGAGAAGUACCAGGUGCUGGGCCUCGUGGGAGAAGGCAGCUACGGGGUGGUGACCAAGUGCAGGAACAAGGUGAGCGGGCAAAUCGUCGCCGUCAAGAAGUUCCUGGAAAGCGAGGACGACGCGGUGGUGAGGAAGAUCGCGGUGAGGGAAGUCAAGCUGCUGAAGCAACUCAGGCAUGAGAAUCUCGUGAACCUGCUGGAAGUGUAUAAAAAGAAGAAACGCUGGUACCUGGUGUUUGAAUUUGUGGAUCACACAGUGCUUGAUGACCUUGAGGCUUUCCCGAAUGGACUGGAGUACAGCAGGGUUCGGAAAUACUUAUUUCAGAUUCUAAGAGGAAUAGCGUUUUGUCACAGUCAUAAUAUAAUACAUCGGGAUAUUAAGCCAGAGAACAUACUGGUUUCCCAGUCAGGGGUUGUAAAACUAUGUGACUUUGGAUUUGCCCGUACCUUAGCAGCUUCCGGAGAAGCUUACACGGACUAUGUGGCAACCCGGUGGUACAGAGCUCCGGAGCUGCUGGUGGGAGAUAUCAAAUAUGGCAAGGCUGUGGACGUAUGGGCUAUUGGCUCUCUGAUAACAGAAAUGCUUACAGGGGAGCCCCUCUUCCCUGGAGAUUCAGACAUUGACCAGCUCUACCAUAUCACCAGGUGCCUGGGUAAUUUAAUUCCAAGACACCAGGAGUUAUUCUAUAAAAACCCCCUCUUUGCUGGCAUGAGGUUGCCUGAAGUGAAGGAGGCCGAAUCUUUGGACAAACGAUACCCCAAGCUCUCUGCUGCAGUGCUAGAUUUAGCCAAGAGGUGCUUGCAGAUUGAUCCAGACAAAAGACCAUCCUGUGCUGAGCUCUUGCAGUGCGAGUUCUUUAACAAGGAUGGAUUUGCUGAAAGAUUUUCUCAAGAGCUUAAAGUAAAGAUUCAGAAAGAUGCCAGAGACCUUCAAUUACAGAAAAAAUCAAAAAUCAGCAAAAGGGACAAAGAUGAUGUGUUAGAAGAAAGAAAAAUGCUUGCUGUCCAGGAUUUCAGCAUUGACCCAAAGAGCAGAGGUGCAAAGCUAUUAAAGGCAAAGCGCUGUAAAGCUGAUGCAGAGAAAGCAGGCCGAUCCUCCAACCUGAGCUCCCUCUGCGACACUGCGAUCAACCCAUUUAAAAUAAGCCCUCAAACCAGCUUAAAAGAUUCCAGCAGCAGCUUGGACUAUGCCAAGAAUGUGGGCAUUGUUAUCCCUCCCAUCAACCAGAACUUUUCUCCCACUACAGUUGGGAUGGGUCCUGUGCCUGGGAACCGUAAUUACAGAGUUGAUGAAAAGAGUAGAAAGUACUUGAACCCAUUUCUAAAGCAACGGAAGCAUUCUCCAGUGGGCCGCUACAGUGUAAGCUUGACGUCGGUUACUAAUGAAAAAAACAUCCUUCAGGCAAAUAGGAAAAAAUGGGAAUUCUCCAAGACAGAUGUGCGUUUGCCAGAACUAAAUCAUCUCCCUGAACUGAGAGGAGUGGAAGCGUGGCAUCCCAGACUUCUGAAAAAGGAAAAUAAAACAGUUUUAGAGUCCCGUGUCCCCUCCCUUGCUGCUAUUGACCUCCAUAACCCAAGUCUGGCCUCGCAGCAGCUGUCGGGAACCUUGAUGCUCAAUGGAUCAGAAGCCAGCUUCCCCAGAGUUGAGCACUAG